CAUCUGGCCAGGUUUGUGUCCGGGCGACGAAACCGAAGCUCGGCUUUGGAAAUCUGGGGAAGGCGACGAACAAUCCGAGGAGCUCCGCCUCUUCUUCUCCCCCACCCCCCACUGGCGACGGCGACGGAGGAGAGGCGAGGGUGAAAAUUUCCCACCAACCGGAGCGCGUGCCUGCCGAUGGAGGUCUCAGCCAGGCUCCGCCCGCCGCCCUCGACGACGGCGCCUCCCCGCCACGGCGGAGGGUCCCUGGGGCGGCUGCUCCCUUCGGCCCGGCCCGCCGCCCGCGCGGUCUCCGCCAAGAUCAGGGCAAGUGCAAUUAAUGACCUGCAGAGAAGCAAGAGUAGCCUCGAAGCACUGUUCUGCUACGACAAAGCUGUUCCAGAGGAGAAUAUUGGGAAACCAGCCGGCCUAGAUUUGGAAAAGAAGGAGGUUGGGAAGAAUCCUCCAUGCGUGCGCUGCGAAACUAAAGGCGCCGUGCUGUGCGCAACCUGUGCUGGCUCAGGCUUGUACGUCGACUCGAUAAUGGAGAGCCAAGGAAUCAUCGUAAAGGUCAGAUGCCUAGGUUGUGGAGGAACUGGAAGCAUCAUGUGCUCCACGUGCGGAGGCCGUGGGCACACCUGAAUUGUUUGUUGAUGUCUCUCACAAACAAGGCAAUGAAAUUCAAGUGGCAUCCUCUUGGUGCACGUCCAUCAUCGGCCAGGACUCGAGCAGUAAUCUGUAUGCAUUUUACUGACGAUUCAUAGUUGGACGAUGGUCGGGGUUUCUGACUAGCAAGGAUAUUCAGAGCAUACUGCGGACAAUUUCACUGUACUAAAGGAUACGGUGCCGAGUCCGGUGUUGUACCUUGAGUCUGUCUACUUGUGGUAGAGCGUGUUGACAUUGUUUUGCUUUUGUAUCAAAAAUUGUUUCAGUUGUGACACUUUA